AGACAUCAUCGUCAUACUGAAUCCGAUCGGACGGGAACCAGUUUCUGUGAGUUGAAGCCACCGAGAAAUCUACCAUGGAAGCCGAAGCUCCACAUUCGAAACCUCAAGAUGACACUGCCAAUGCUGCUCUCAUCAACUCCUUCAUCGAGAUCACUUCCUCUUCCAAAGCAGAAGCCCUUUUCUUCUUAGAGAGCCACAAUUGGGACCUCGACGCCGCCGUUUCCACCUUCUUGGAUAACCAUGUCGCCGUCACGCACCCGGUUCCGCCGCCUGAUUCGCCUGAAUUUUCUCCUUCCCAGUCGCCUUCGCGUUCUCGCUCGCCUUCCCCACCUGCUUCUCGUGUUGCGUACGAGCUCCGUUCUAGGAGAGCUAGAGGUGAAGCGGAAAAGAAGGUGGAUACUAGGGCUUCCAGGAGCAGGACGCGUCGCAUCCGUACGAUUUCUGACCUGAACCGGCCGGCGGAGGAGGACUCCGAUAGUGACUCUGAUGACAUACAAGAGUACUACACUGGUGGUGAGAAGAGUGGAAUGCUUGUCCAAGAUCCUUCCAAAGGAAAUUCUGUCGAUGCAAUUUUUGAUCAAGCCAGACAAUCAGCAGUCAGUGUACCUAUCGGACCACCUUCAGCUUCUAAAAGCUUUACUGGAACUGCAAGAUUGCUCUCUGGUGAGACAGUACCAUCAAUUCCUAGGCACCCUGAGGCUGUCACGCACACUGUCACUUUUUGGAGGAAUGGAUUCUCUGUUGAUGAUGGUCCUCUACGGAGGUUGGAUGAUCCCGAAAAUGCACCGUUUUUAGAGAGUAUUAGAAGGUCAGAGUGCCCGGUAGAGCUUGAACCUGCAGACAGGAGGACUUCUGUCCAUGUUAACCUCGUCAGAAGGGAGGAUGACUACCCAGAACCAGUGAAGCGCCGCCAUGCUCUAUUCCAAGGCGUUGGAAGAACGUUAGCCAGUGACUCGCUGGAGUCUGUCGCUGCUGAGCAGACUUCUGCGUCGAUAUCACCGAAUGCUGCUCCAUCCCCAUCAACAGGUUUGGUGGUAGACGAUUCCCUGCCAAUAACUUCUCUUCAGCUAAGGCUGUCGGAUGGAACAAGAAUGGUCUCGCGUUUCAACCACCACCAUACAAUCAGGGACAUUCGUGGCUUCAUCGAUGCGUCGAGACCUAGUGGUGCAAGAAACUACCAACUCCAGACAAUGGGGUUCCCUCCCAAACAACUGGUUGAAUUGGAUCAAACCAUCGAGCAAGCUGGAAUAGCCAAUUCUGUUGUGAUUCAGAAAUUCUAACAGGCUGAAACUCAUUCGACGGCAAAGGUUAGCUUAGCAAACAUUGAAACAGAGUCUUUCAUCCUAUAUCUUAUUUGGGUUUUGGUAGCUAUGCUUAUAAAGUAUAAGUUUGCUUUGACAUGUGGCCGAGUGUUCUAUAGGGUCAGCUUCCAUUUCGACUUAAUUAUCAUACCUUAAUAAUAUUUUUACUUAGUUGACUUAA